AGGCUGCUUAUUUUUGCCAAAUUAAAAAAAAAUAAUAAUCUUCUUUUCCUGUGUUCUUUAGCUAUUUCCUGCUGUAGAGAGCACUUUUAAGAAAGGAAGACUUUCCAUGACCUCUGCCUACCAUCCAUAAAAUACUCAUUCCCUUCUUAGCUCUGCCUGCAGUUGAGCACAAAGACCUGGAGGAGACUCCCACAGCCUUCAAGGAGAAGAAAGGAGGCAGCGAAGCUGAUUAAGAGGAACUUGUGGCUUGUGGCCUUUUUGUGCACAGGCUGCCUGAAAGGAGAGGAAAGUGCAUUAAAGCCACAGUGGCAGUUAAUGAGCUGUGAGAUGAGGAGCUGCUGCUGACCCCGGUCCCAGGAUCCCACUGCUGCCCUUUGUGCUUCGUGUACAUGUGUCUAUUCAGGCCGGCCGGAGGCGCCCAGAAGAACAUCCACCACGGCUGCUGGGGAAAGACCACCCGCCAUGCCCACGGAGACACUACAGACAGGUAGCAUGGUGAAGCCGGUGAGCCCCGCCGGCACCUUCACAUCUGCGGUGCCCCUGCGCAUCCUCAACAAAGGGCCAGACUACUUCCGUAGGCAGGCCGAGCCCAACCCCAAGAGACUCAGUGCGGUGGAAAGGCUGGAAGCCGACAAGGCCAAGUACGUCAAGAGCCAGGAGGUGAUCAACGCGAAGCAGGAGCCCGUGAAGCCAGCUGUGCUGGCCAAGCCCCCGGUGUGCCCAGGCGCCAAGCGUGCCCUGGGCAGCCCCACGCUCAAGGUGUUCGGCAACCACGCUAAGACCGAGAGCGGCGUGCAGCGCGAGAACCUCAAGCUUGAGAUCCUGAAGAACAUCAUCAACAGCUCCGAGGGCUCCAGCUCGGGCUCAGGCCACAAGCACAGCUCCCGCAACUGGCCACCGCACAGGGCAGAUGCCACCGACCUGCACCGCCACUCCUUCGCUGAGUCCCUGAAGGUCUACCCCACGCCAGGCCGUGGCAGCCCCCAGGAAAGCAGCUCUCACGUGAGCAGGAGGCUGCUGGAGCAGUCAUCCGAGUCCUUCCUGCAUGUCUCCCACAGCUCCUCAGACAUCCGCAAAGUGACCAACGUGAAGCCCCUCAAAGCGAUCCCCUGCAGCAGCUCUGCCCCUCCCCUGCCUCCGAAGCCCAAGGUCGCAGCCGUGAAGUCCCCUGAAGCAGACCCUGUGGAACCAGCUUGUGGCGUCAGCCGAAGACCCUCUCUUCAGCGGUCUAAGUCAGACUUGAGUGACAGAUAUUUCCGAGUGGAUGCGGAUGUGGAGAGGUUCUUCAACUACUGUGGACUGGACCCUGAAGAGCUGGAAAACCUUGGCAUGGAAAACUUUGCAAGGGCUAAUUCUGACAUCAUAUCCCUCAACUUCCGCAGUGCAAGCAUGAUCAGCUCAGACUGUGAACAGUCUCAGGACAGUAACAGUGACCUUAGGAAUGAUGACAGUGCCAAUGACCGCGUGCCAUAUGGCAUUUCUGCCAUUGAAAGAAAUGCUAGGAUCAUCAAGUGGUUAUAUAGCAUCAAACAAGCUAGAGAGUCACAGAAGGUAUCCCACGUGUAAGAGACAGUGCUGGAAAAGAGGGAGGGGCAGGUCUGUCUGUGCAUACACAGUUGUGAAGGUUGUGAGGUCUCCUUGAAGUGUUGUGAGCUUCUCCACUCCUUGUGUUGCUUGUUGUGCAAUGUUUUCAAGUUGCAUGCCUGUCAACAUGGCGGCUGGCCUGGCUUCCUCUUCACAUCCCUGCAGAGCCUGGCUGAACACUCAUCUGCCACAACUUUCAGGCCAGAAUCUAAUUAGGGCUUUGCUGUUAAGCAAAACUGUUUACAGGAAAGAUGGUAUACAAUUUCUUCAAUAUUUAUGUGGUUCUUGUGUUUUUAUAUCCCACGCUAUUGUGUCUUAAUUAAAAGUUUUAUCAACUGGC